AAUGGAAAAUGGAGGCUGAAUUUUACAUGGCGAUUCUGACGUGCUUAAUCUUUGGGAAUUCAGAGGGGUUUCAGAUUGUCCAUGUCCAUAAACAAGAGUGCCUUUCCAAAACUAAGAGAGUGGUGGUGGGUUUGUGCAAUGGGACCAGCCAGAACCAGCAGUGGAUGUGGACUGAGGAUGGAAAACUCCUUCAUGUUGAAUCUGCUCUCUGCCUGGCCAUCUCCAGUGCUUCUCGUGGCCCUUCCCACCCAGCUGUCUCUACCCACUGCUCCCAGGCACCCCGAUGGACUUGCCAUGAGCAGGAAGGGUUCCUUGAGGUGGAAAAUACCUCUCUCUUUCUCAAGAAACAAGGCUUCAAGGUAGUGGUCAAGAAGGACAGGAAAUACCUCCAUAGCUGGAUGAAAAUAGAUGUCAACAAGGAGGGAAAACCAGUGAAUGGAAGCCUCUGCUUAAAAAAAGCUGGCCUGGGAGCAGAAGUUUCGGUAAGGAGCACGAGAAACACGGCUCCACCCCACCUCCCCACCACUUUUAAUGCAGCUCCAUAUAGCCCGGAACACAAUAGGAAUACCACAGAGGCCUUCACCAGAACGACCACAGAACACUACAGCCACAACAGCAGACAGAGACAGCACCCCAGUCUGCCGACGACUGAAGUGACAGAGACAUCUUGGGUCCCCUCGACUAUCCGGCCCUUCUCCAGCACGACUGAAGAGACUGGACUGGGGGAGCCAGUGAGAUGUAACGUCACCCUGACAGAGUCCAAGGUCUCCAGCCGGUCCGUGUCUCUCCAGUGGAGAACUUCGGGGUCACCCUGUAACUUCAGCCUCAUCUAUAGCAGUGACAUGUCAGGGGUCGCAUGGUGCCACCCCACGCGAAUAGACAACACCACCUAUGGAUGUUACCCCAAGGAUUUACAAGCGGGAACCCUCUAUACCUUCAGGAUUGUGUCUCUGGAUGGAGAAGAGAGUAUUGUGGUCUUGCAAACAGAUCCUUUACCUCCUGCUAAGUUUGAAGUCAAUAAAGAGAAAACUACUUCAACCAGUUUGCAUGUUUGGUGGACUCCUUCUUUGGGAAAAGUCACCCAGUAUCAGGUGGAGUUAUUUGACAAUAACCAAAAGAUACAGGAGACCCAAAUUCAAGCAAGUACUUCAUGGAAUGAACAUACAUUUUUUAACCUGACUGCUGGUAAUAAAUACAAUAUUGCCAUCACAGCUGUUUCUGGAGAGAAACAUUCCCUUACAGUUUAUACCAAUGGAUCAACAGUGCCAUCCCCAGUGAAAGAUAUCAAUAUUUCAGCAAAAACCAAUUCUCUCUUGACUUCCUGGUCCCAUGGCUCUGGGAAUGUGGAAAGAUACCAGCUGAUGCUCAUGGAUAAAGAGAUCCUAGUUCAUGGCACUGUCGUGGACAGACAUGCUACUUCCUACACUUUCCACGGCCUGACACCUGGCCACCUCUAUAACCUCACCAUUGUGACUGAGGCUGCAGGGCUGCAAAACUACAGAUGGACACUGGCCAGGACAACCCCCAUGGAAGUCUCAAAUCUGAAGGUGACAAAUGAUGGCACUUUGAACUCUCUAAAGGUCAAGUGGCAAAGACCUUCUGGAAAUGUGGAUUCCUAUAACAUUACCCUGUUUCACAAAGGCAUUGUCAAAGAAUCCAGAAUACUCAGACCUCAGGUUACUGAAACUCAAUUCAAAGACUUAACCCCUGGACGACUUUAUCAAGUUACUGUCAGCAGUGUCUCGGGUGAAUUGUCUGCUCAGAAGAUGGCAGUGGGCAGAACAGUUCCAGAGAAUGUUGGGAACCUGGAGGCAAACAGCAAUGGUUCCAUAAGAUCCCUAGUAGUGAGCUGGUCGCCCCCUGCUGGAGACUGGGAGCAGUAUCGUAUCCUGCUCUUCAAUGAUUCUGUGGUACUGCUCAACAUCACGGUGGGAAAGGAGGAAACACACUAUGUCAUAGAUGACAUCGGACUCAUACCAGGAAGACAGUAUGAGGUAGAAGUCACUGUUGAGAGUGGAAAUCUGAAGAAUUCUAAGCGUUGCCAUGGCAGGACAGUGCCCCUGGCUGUUCUCCAGCUUCGCGUCAAACACGCCAACGAGACCUCACUGAGUGUCAUGUGGCAGAGCCCCGUAGCAGAAUGGGAGAAAUACAUCAUUUCACUAGCGGACAGAGACCUUACAUUCAUCCACAAGUCACUCCCCAAAGAUGCCAAAGAAUUCACUUUUACUAACCUGGUGCCUGGGCGAAAAUACAUAGCUACAGUCACCAGUAUUAGUGGAGACUUAAAAAAUUCAUCUUCAACUAAAGGAAGAACAGUGCCUGCCCAAGUGACUGGCUUGUUUGUGGCCAACCAAGGGACAACCAGCAGUCUGUUUACCAAUUGGACCCAGGCACUGGGAGACAUAGAGUUCUACCAAGUCUUACUGAUUCAUGAAAACGUGGUCAUCAAAAAUGAAAGUGUCUCCAGUGAGACCAGCAGAUACAGCUUCCACUCCCUCAAAUCAGGCAGCCUCUACUCUGUGGUCGUAACAACAGUAAGCGGAGGAAUCUCAUCCCGACAAGUGGUGGUGGAGGGAAGGACAGUCCCCUCCAGUGUGAGUGGAGUGACAGUGAACAACUCUGGUCGCAAUGACUACCUGACCAUUUCCUGGCUGCCGGCUCCCGGAGAUGUGGAUAACUAUGUGGUGACACUUUCUCAUGGCAGCAGGGUAAUUCAGUCCCUCAUCGUUGCCAAGUCCGUCAGUGAAUGUUCCUUCAGCUCCCUUACUCCAGGCCGCCUCUACAAUGUGACCAUAACUACAAGGAGUGGCAAGUAUGAAAACCAUUCCUUCAGCCAGGAGCGAACAGUGCCUGACAAGGUCCAGGGAGUCAGUAUUAGCAACUCAGCCAGGAGUGACUAUUUAAAGGUAUCCUGGCUACAUGCUACUGGAGACUUUGAUCACUAUGAAGUCACCAUUAAAAACAAAAACAACUUCGUUCAAACCAAAAGCAUUUCCAAGACUGAAAACGAGUGUGUGUUUGUUAAGUUAGUCCCUGGACGGUUGUACAGUGUCACUGUUAGUACAAGAAGUGGACAGUAUGAAGCCAGUGAACAAGGGAAUGGAAGAACAAUCCCAGAGCCCGUUAGGGAUCUAACAUUGAGGAAUAGGAGCACUGAGGACCUUCUGGUGACUUGGUCACGAGCUGACGGGGAUGUUGACCAAUAUGAGAUCCAACUGCUGUUCAAUGAUAUGAAAGUAUUUCCUCCUUUUCACCUUGUAAAUACUGCGACUGAGUAUCGAUUUACCUCCCUGACACCAGGGCGCCGGUAUAAAAUUCUUGUCUUGACCAUCAGUGGAGACGUACAGCAGUCAGCCUUCAUUGAGGGCUUCACAGUUCCAAGCGCUGUCAAGAAUAUUCACAUUUCUUCCAAUGGGGCCUCAGACAGCCUGACAGUCAACUGGACUCCUGGUGGGGGCGAUGUUGAUUCUUACAUCGUGUCAGCGUUCAGGCAGAAUCAAAAGGUUGAGUCUCAGACGGUCUCCAAGCACGUCUCUGAGCACACAUUCCAUAGACUGGAGGCUGGGGAACAGUACCAGAUUGUGAUUGCCUCAGUCAGCGGGUCCCUAAAGAACCAAAUAGAUGCAGUUGGGCGGACAGUUCCAGCAUCUGUCCAGGGAAUAGUUGCAAACAACGCAUACAGCAGUCAUUCCUUAACAGUGAGUUGGCAAAAGGCUGUUGGCGUGGCAGAAAGAUAUGAGAUCCUGCUUCUAAAUGAAGACGGAAUCCUUCUGAGUAACACAUCAGAGUCAGCCUCCACCACAUGGCACAAAUUUGAAGACCUAACGCCAGGAACAAAGUACAAGAUUCAGGUCGUAACUGUCAGUGGAGGUCUCUUCAGCAAGGAAGCCCAAACGGAAGGCCGAACAGUCCCAGCAGCUGUCACCAACCUGAGGAUCACAGAAAACUCCACCAGACACCUGACCUUAAGCUGGACCACCUCGAAAGGGGAGCUCAGUGGGUACAACAUCUUUCUGUACAACCCGGACGGGACUCUUCAGGAGAGAGCCCAGGCCAGCUCACAAGCCCAGAGCGUCUCUUUCAAGAACUUGCUACAAGGCCGAAUGUACAAAAUGGUGAUAGUGACUCACAGCGGGGAGCUGUCUAAUGAGUCUUUCAUAUUCGGUAGAACAGUCCCAGCUUCUGUGAGUAACCUCCGGGGAUCCAAUCGGAACAUGACAGACAGCCUCUGGUUCAGCUGGAGUCCAGCCUCUGGGGACUUCGACUUUUAUGAGCUGAUUCUGUACAACCCCAAUGGCACGAAGAAGGAAAACUGGAAAGACAAGAACCUGACAGAGUGGCGUUUCCAUGGCCUCGUUCCUGGAAGGAAGUACACGCUGUGUGUGGUGACUCACAGUGGGGACCUCAGGAACAAGCUCAUGGGGGAGAGCAGAACAGCCCCAAGUCCUCCCAGUCUUAUGUCAUUUGCUGAUGUUACAAACACAUCCUUGGCCAUCACCUGGAAGGGGCCACCAGACUGGACUGACUACGAUGACUUUGACCUGCAGUGGUUCCCCAGAGAUGCCAUCACGGUCUUCAACCCCUACAGCAACAGAAAAUCAGAAGGACGCAUUGUGUAUGGUCUUCGUCCAGGGAGAUCCUAUCAAUUUAGUGUCAAGACUGUCAGUGGUGACUCCUGGAAAACCUAUAGCAAACCAAUAUCUGGAUCCGUGAGGACAAAGCCAGAUAAGAUACAAAACCUGCAUUGCCGGCCUCAGAACUCCACGGCCAUCGCCUGUUCUUGGAUCCCUCCAGAUUCUGACUUUGAUGGGUAUAGCAUUGAAUGUCGGAAAAUGGACACUCAAGAAGUCGAAUUUUCCAGAAAGCUGGAGAAAGAAAAAUCUCUGCUCAACAUCAUGAUGCUGGUGCCCCAUAAGAGGUACCUGGUGUCCAUCAAGGUGCAGUCGGCUGGCAUGACCAGCGAGGUGGUUGAAGACAGCACUAUCACAAUGAUAGACCGGCCCCCUCCUCCACCCCCACAUAUCCGUGUGAAUAAAAAGGAUGUGCUAAUUAGCAAAUCUUCCAUCAACUUCACUUUCAACUGCAGCUGGUUCAGCGACACCAAUGGAGCUGUGAAAUACUUCACAGUGGUAGUGAGAGAGGCUGAUGGCAGUGACGAGCUGAAGCCAGAGCACCGGCACCCGCUGCCCUCCUACCUAGAAUACAGACACAAUGCCUCCAUUCGAAUGUAUCAGACCGAUUACUUUGCCAGCAAAUGUGCCGAAAGUCCUGACAGCAACUCCAAGAGUUUUAACAUUAAGCUUGGAGCAGAGAUGGAGAGCCUGGGUGGAAAAUGCGAUCCUAAUCAGCAAAAAUUUUGUGACGGACCACUGAAGCCACACACUGCCUACAGAAUCAGCAUCCGGGCUUUUACACAGCUAUUUGAUGAGGACCUGAAGGAAUUCACGAGGCCCCUCUACUCAGACACAUUUUUCUCUUUGCCUAUCACCACCGAGUCAGAGCCUUUAUUUGGAGUUAUCGAAGGUGUGGGUGCUGGUCUGUUCUUAAUUGGCAUGCUGGUGGCUGUUGUGGCCUUGUUCAUCUGCAGACAGAAAGCUGGCCAUGGUCGAGACAGGCCCUCUGCCCGCCUGAGCAUUCGCCGGGAUCGACCAUUAUCUGUCCACUUGAACCUGGGCCAGAAAGGUAACCGGAAAACAUCUUGCCCAAUAAAAAUAAAUCAGUUCGAAGGGCACUUCAUGAAGCUGCAGGCUGAUUCCAACUACCUUCUAUCCAAGGAAUACGAGGACUUGAAAGACGUGGGCCGAAACCAAUCAUGUGACAUUGCACUCUUGCCGGAGAACAGAGGGAAAAAUCGAUACAACAAUAUAUUGCCCUAUGAUGCCUCUCGAGUGAAGCUGUCCAACGUAGAUGAUGACCCGUGCUCAGACUACAUCAAUGCCAGCUACAUCCCUGGCAACAGCUUCAGGAGAGAAUACAUUGCUACUCAGGGACCUCUUCCUGGCACCAAGGAUGACUUCUGGAAAAUGGCGUGGGAACAGAAUGUUCACAACAUCGUCAUGGUGACCCAGUGUGUGGAGAAGGGCCGCGUAAAGUGUGACCAUUACUGGCCAGCAGACCAUGAUUCCCUUUACUAUGGAGACCUCAUCCUGCAGAUGCUCUCAGAGUCUGUGCUGCCUGAGUGGACCAUCCGGGAAUUUAGGAUAUGCAGUGAGGAACAGCUCGAUGCACACAGACUCAUCCGCCACUUUCACUACACAGUGUGGCCAGACCACGGUGUCCCUGAGACCACCCAGUCCCUGAUCCAGUUCGUGAGAACCGUCAGGGAUUACAUCAGCAGAAGCCCCGGCGCCGGGCCCACUGUGGUGCACUGCAGUGCCGGUGUGGGUAGGACUGGGACCUUUAUCGCGUUGGACAGAAUCCUCCAGCAACUAGACUUCAAAGACUCUGUGGACAUUUAUGGAGCAGUGCACGACCUAAGACUGCACAGGAUUCACAUGGUCCAGACCGAGUGUCAGUAUGUAUACCUACAUCAGUGCGUAAGAGAUGUCCUCAGAGCAAGGAAGCUACGGAGUGAACAAGAAAACCCCUUGUUUCCAAUCUACGAAAAUGUGAAUCCAGAGUAUCACAGAGACACGGGCUAUUCAAGGCAUUGAGAAUGUAUCUGAAGAUCUCUUGGAUAAAAACUAUGCACUGUGUGAUUUUAUAAAACAUUUGCUUCAUGCCCUACAGAGGUGCCAGCUAUUUCUGUUGUUGCUAUGUCUAAUUUAUUAAUCUGGAGAAUUAUAAAGAAUUUAUGUAAUUUAAAGGUAACAGA